AUGGCGACGGCGACUGCUGCUUCUUCAUCAUUGAAGGACGUCGUUCAAGGGGUUACGUCAAGACUUCCUUUUGAAGCCAGAGUUGCUUCGUGCUACUGUGGACUCCGGUUUCGAGCACCCAUCCGAAGGAGCUUGGAAUGGAGACCUGGAAGUGAUGGGAAUGGCUUCAGUGAAUCAUACCCUAUCCAGGGUCCAUACUGGGGCAGUGGAUCAUACCUUGAGAUCAUGAAAAUAAUACGUCAUGCCCUACGACAGCUAAAGAUUAAUGUAACAUUGUUGAACAUAACUCAGAUGUCGGAGUUCAGAAAAGAUGCUCACACAUCGGUUUUUACGGAGCGGAAGGGGAAACUCUUAACAAAGGCGCAGAGAUCUAACCCCAAAACUUUUGGUGAUUGCAUCCAAUGGUGUUUACCAGGAGUCACUGAUGCAUGGAAUGAAAUUUUGUACGCCUACUUGUUAAAAGAUCAUCGAACCAUUCUAUAG